AUGUUCGUAAAUCGAUGAUUAUUCUCCACUAAUCACAAAGACAUCGGCACCCUUUAUCUCUUAUUCGGUGCAUGAGCCGGAAUAGUAGGGACUGCUCUCAGCCUGCUAAUCCGUGCUGAACUAGGUCAACCUGGCGCCCUGCUAGGAGAUGAUCAGAUCUACAAUGUGAUCGUAACUGCUCACGCAUUCGUAAUAAUUUUCUUCAUAGUAAUGCCCAUCAUGCUUGGGGGCUUUGGAAACUGACUUAUCCCCCUAAUAAUUGGUGCACCUGAUAUAGCAUUUCCACGAAUAAAUAACAUAAGCUUUUGACUUCUUCCACCUUCUUUUCUCCUCCUAUUAGCCUCCUCCAUAGUAGAAGCAGGCGCAGGAACAGGAUGAACUGUAUACCCCCCUUUAGCAGGGAAUCUAGCACAUGCAGGAGCAUCCGUAGACCUGGCAAUCUUUUCUCUACACUUAGCUGGUGUCUCAUCUAUCCUAGGGUCAAUCAACUUUAUCACUACUAUUAUCAACAUAAAACCACCCGCUAUAUCGCAAUACCAAACUCCACUGUUUGUGUGAUCAGUUUUAAUUACAGCUGUACUUCUUCUUCUAUCCUUACCAGUACUAGCAGCCGGUAUUACCAUGCUACUCACAGAUCGAAACCUGAACACUACUUUCUUUGACCCGGCCGGAGGAGGAGACCCCAUCCUGUACCAACACCUGUUUUGAUUUUUUGGUCACCCAGAAGUAUAUAUCCUAAUUCUUCCAGGAUUUGGUAUUAUUUCACACAUUGUAACGUACUACUCAGGAAAAAAAGAACCAUUUGGUUAUAUGGGAAUAGUAUGGGCAAUAAUAUCAAUUGGUUUCCUAGGAUUCAUCGUAUGAGCUCAUCAUAUAUUUACUGUAGGCUUAGACGUCGACACACGGGCAUAUUUCACCUCGGCUACUAUAAUUAUUGCUAUUCCCACAGGAGUAAAAGUAUUCAGCUGACUGGCCACCCUACACGGAGGAAAUAUUAAAUGAUCCCCCGCUAUAUUAUGAGCAUUGGGAUUUAUUUUUCUAUUUACAGUAGGAGGUCUAACGGGCAUUGUAUUAUCAAACUCAUCACUAGACAUUGUCCUUCACGACACAUACUAUGUAGUAGCCCACUUCCACUACGUUCUUUCAAUAGGAGCAGUAUUCGCAAUUAUAGGCGGAUUCGUCCACUGAUUUCCACUAUUCACAGGCUACACCCUAAAUGAUACUUGAGCAAAAAUUCAUUUCACAAUUAUAUUUGUAGGGGUAAACACAACAUUCUUCCCCCAACACUUCCUAGGCCUAUCAGGUAUACCUCGACGCUAUUCCGAUUACCCAGAUGCUUAUACAACAUGAAAUACAGUAUCUUCCAUAGGCUCAUUCAUUUCACUAACAGCAGUAAUACUAAUGAUUUUCAUAAUUUGAGAAGCCUUCUCAUCCAAACGAGAAGUACUAACAGUAGAAUUAACCUCAACAAACAUCGAAUGACUACAUGGAUGUCCUCCUCCAUACCACACAUUUGAAGAACCAACCUACGUGUUAUCAAAAUAA